UGCCGUACGCGAUACAAUUAAAUGUAAUGCUGGUUUUUGGAUACUGAGAGUAGUGUUACUAUUCUGACAAGACAGCUUCUGAGCUUUUAUGCCCCCUUUGUGGCUCUACCAAGUAUAUAUAUCGCAAAACAGCCGCCACGUGAUUUCAAGUUACGCCGGAAGCACCCGAGCAACCCCGCGUAGAAGCGGGGAGUAGCUGGAACUUCCCCUCUAUGAUCGUCGUCAGACGUUCAACAUCUUUGAUUCAUUUGAGCUCCCAUAUACUUGAAUAAAAACAAUGGCAUCAGCACACGGCGACCUCCGCCAUCUUCUCCCAGCCACAUAUAAGCGCCUUAUAUCCGAUUGGCUUGAAGAGGACUGCCCCAGCUUCGACUACGGCGGUUUCGUCGUUGGCGAGUCAGAAGGCGAAGCGAAGCUACUGGGGAAGAGUGAAGGCAUAAUCGCUGGAGUACCCUUCUUCGACGAAGUCUUUUCCCAGCUCGGAUGCUCAGUCGAAUGGCAUCAUCAUGAGGGGUCAAGCCUUCCUGCCAACCAAAAAACCCAUGUUGCAACUGUCCGCGGCCCAAUCCGCAAGAUCCUGCUUGGCGAGCGCGUCGCCCUAAACAUCCUCGCCCGGUGCUCCGGAAUUGCAACAAAGACCUCAUCCCUCCUACAAAUACUUCGCUCCCACGGAUGGAAAGGAACUCUAGCUGGGACACGGAAGACAACGCCGGGGUUCAGGGUUGUUGAGAAGUACGGCAUUCUUGUUGGAGGAGCGGACCCGCAUAGACAUGAUUUGAGUAGUAUGACAAUGCUCAAGGAUAACCAUGUCUGGGCUUGUGCGAAUAACGCUUCCUCAUCGACGGCAACGACGGCUGCAAACGGGGAGCAGGAUAUUGCCGCUGCAAUCCCGAAGGCUGUUCAGGCUGCCAAGGCUGUCGGGGGGUUCGCGACAAAGGUCGAGGUUGAGGUUAGGAGUUUGGAUGAGGCAAAUGCGGCGAUUGAGGCAGGUGCCGAUGUGGUUAUGCUGGAUAACUUCACGUCGGAAGGAGUGCGUCAGGCUGCUAAGCAGUUGAAGGAGGAGUGGACUGCAAAGGGUAAGUCGAGGGGCUCGUUCCUGAUUGAAGUCAGUGGCGGUCUGAAUGAGGUAAACGCGUUGCAGUAUGUCUGUGAUGAUGUGGAUAUCUUCUCAACGAGUUCGAUUCAUCAGGGUGUAGGGAUUGUAGAUUUCUCGUUGAAGGUAUCGUUGCGCGGAUAG